AUGACUCAGGAGCAGUACAUCCUGGCAUCUCAGCCAAACCCCCUCCAAAGGCCGGGAUGUGCUACUGUGUACCCGGUUGGGAUUUAUGGCUGGCGAAAGCGCUGUCUCUAUUUCUUCAUCCUUCUCCUCCUUGUCACCAUGAUCGUCAACCUAGCCUUGACCAUAUGGAUUCUAAAGGUCAUGAACUUCACAGUGGAUGGCAUGGGCAAUCUCCGUGUAACCAAAGAGGGCAUCAGAUUAGAGGGAGUUUCGGAGUUCCUCCUUCCACUUUAUGUGAAAGAGAUCAAAUCCAGACGGGACAGUCCUCUGGUCUUACAGUCAGACCGCAAUGUGACGGUGAAUGCACGAAAUAACCUUGGCCAGCUGACAGGACAGCUCACUGUGGGCUCUGAGAGGGUAGAAGCCCAGUGUCAGCGAUUCGAGGUGAGAAGUAGAGAUGGGGAGAGAGUUCUCUUCUCUGCUGAUGAAGAGGAGAUCAGUAUUGGCACAGAUAAACUAAGGGUCACAGGCAACGAGGGAGUUGUGUUCAGUCAUUCGUUGGAAACACCACAUGUUCGAGCUGAACCAUUCCAAGACCUGAAGCUAGAGUCUCCGACGAGGACACUGACACUGGAGGCUCCAAAAGGCGUUGAAGUCAAUGCAGGAGUAGGGGAAUUCAAAGCUUCUUGUAGGAAAGAUCUCACUUUAGAGUCUUCAGAAGGAGAGAUCUUUCUAAACGCAAAGUCAAUCCGUCUUGGAAAUCUUCCACACGGGAGCGUGGACCCUUUGCUCGGCCCAGGGACCACAUACCCCAAACAGACUGUGUACGAGGUGUGUGUAUGCCCCAGCGGCAAGCUGUAUCUGUCUCCAGCAGAGAGCUCCUCCACCUGCCAGACCACUAACAGUGUGUGUCUCUGGAGCUGAGAAAGGUGGGUGGGCCAUGGACCACCCAGCACCAGAAAGGCCUUCCUUCACCUUUCCAACCCUGUUCCUUCCCCUUCUUCCUCUACUUUCUGUGACCGCUUUUCUUUCUCAAAACAUUUCUGUUGAGCCUUUUCUUUAUCCACCCAUCCAUCAAGCUGUCCAUAUCCCUAUCUAUCUAUCUAUCUAUCUAUCUAUCUAUCUAUCUAUCUAUCUAUCUAUCUAUCUAUCUAUCUAUCUAUCUAUCUAUCUAUCUAUCUAUCUAUCUUUCUAUCUAUCUAUCUAUCUAUCUAUCUAUCUAUCUAUCUAUCUAUCUAUCUGUCUAUGUGUCUGUCUGUCUGUCUGUCCAUCUGUCAAUCUGUCUGUCACUCGCAGGGGUCUCCAACAUAUUGAUUGCGAUUGACUGGUACAUCUUUAUCACCCAAAAAAUAACAGUAAAAUAAAGUACAAAAAUGCUUUACAUUUCUCCAUUCUUUGUACAGUAUUUUUUGUACUUAAUUUUCUGUUAUUUUUGGGAGCUACUGUGACAGUGACAAAGAAAAGUAUAACGUAAAGGAAGUUAACAGAGGUAGACGAUGCUGAAGACAAGCGCAAAGAGGAGAAAAUACUGUAGCAGGCCAAGAACAAGCUCGCUGUUCAAAAUUCUUGAAAUAUAGGAAGAAAAUGUGAGGUUAUAUUAAUGUAUCACUGAAAGGAACUGUCUUGAGAAAAGUGUUGAUGGCAAUAAUGGCAUUUUCUUCUCUUAUCUCUAUAUAAAGAGCAGCUCUGCUUUGUUUACAGCAGCAACCAAGAAAACGCUAUAUCGGGGCUGAUACAUAAGCGCCACCUGCUGUCAGAGAGUGAAUUUUGCGUAUCAUUCAGACAUUAUGUUUUUGUUUCAUGCAUAUGUUUUAUGUAGCCAAAAAAAAAAGAAAGAAAAAAGGCUAAAGUCAGACCAUUCUGUUUUUGCUUUAAAUCCUGAAAGUAUACUGUAUAAUUCAAAUCAAAAACAACUGUUCAUGGAACGUGUGUAGCAUCAUUGUUUGGAUCGUGAUUAAGAUGCAUUGGUGGCCUUUAAUUUCAAAUGCCUACUAAUGUUUUGGUUUAUUUGUAUUUAUUUUUCAAUCUGAUUCUGAUUCUGCAACAGUUAUGAUCAGUGUAUCACUAAUUCAAAUACUAAAUAAAAUGCCUCAUAUUAGAAGUACAAGCUGAGAUUCUUCAAUAUUUAGGUCAUGGAUCCUGGGCUUAAAAAUGUUGGUGACCACUGGUCUACAGUAUCUGUCUGUUCCAUCCCCACUUCACACAUUGACCAUACAUCACUCUUUCCCUUUUUUUUUAAUUUUUGGUUGUUUUCUCUUUCUCUUGUCUAUUCUCAUCCUCUUUCAGUGUAUCCUCUUUCCUAUCUUCCUCUUCCCCUUUGUCCUCUCAAGCAGAAAUCAGGAAUCAUUAGGCGUAUCUUGGCUAGGUUGAAGCUGCAUCUUCCCAAUCUGUAAAUGGAGCAGAAACUCUUUUUUCCUCUCUAUUUUUUGUGUUUUGUUCCUCCUUUUUUUCUUUUUUCUUUUUGUAUGAGCAUCUGACUCAGUGGAGGAUUGUGUGCCGGGACGCUGGACUGCACUUGUGAAUGAGCACACACACGGCGACCUGCAAACGAACGUGUGUUUUUCUAAAAAUACAAAGGUGCCUUUGCUACUGUUAGUAAAGCACAUCACCUGUAACUCUCCCUCCACGUGCAGUGAGACUUAGCUCCACUAGGAAAACUGAUCGAACAAACCCUCUCCUCUCUUUUAUUUCCUGGGUCAAAAAGACACUAUAAUGAACAGAAAAUAAAACAAAAACUUACUUUCCUCUUGGAUGUUUCUUUUUGGAAAAAAAAGCACAAACUUAUGCCAUGUACAUAACAACAUUAAUAAAUAAUAAUAAAAAAGAGAAA